GGAAUGCGAUCGAUGCGCGCACCCGGAAACUUUGCGCGAGCAGUGACGCGCCGAGUAAUGCGGGAUCGCGCGGUCGAAAGACAGGUCUGCGUUUGGAGAAGCGAAGGAGAGAAGAAACGCCGGAGAGAAGAAUGAUGGCGGUGAAGUGGUGACAAGUUUGGAAGUGUACACUGUAUGGAGAUCGUGAAGUUGAAAAUGAUCAAGACCGACAGCAAAGGCGACAGGACCCUGAGGAGCGUCUCUCCGCAUAGGAAUGCAUACAAAUCAGACUUCCACACGAUUAAAUGCUCCUUUGACGGAGUUAAAACUGACAGCGUUAACAAGUCAUAUGCAAAUGGGUCCAGCGACACCCGAGAGGACACAAGGGGGAGACCUUUUGGCAAUAAAGUGAAUAAGAUAAAAAACAUAUUCCUGCAGAUGGAUGGCCAACAGCACGAGGGCCAAGAUGCAAGAAUGGUCUCAAAAAGUGAUGUAUCCCAGUAUCAGUUUUCUAGCAGUGCUAAUAAAAUAGCUUUGGACAGGGGUAUCGGCCUGGAUUCACAAAGUACUGAUAAAAGCCAGAAGGUAGAUGAUGUUGAAAUUGACAAAGCCGUACUGGCUGAGAAAUUCUCUGUAACUAGGAAGCUGUUUGAGAGGGGAAUGCAAGACCACCCAGCAACUGAAAGCCACAUCUCCAGUAAAGCGAUCAGUCCCGUUACCUCAAGCAAAAAUUCCGUUGAGGAGAAGAGUCCCGGGAAGCUGAUGCCAGGCAUUGAAGAUACCAGCAGCACUCCCAAAGUCUCCCCCAGCUCCACCUCACCACCUGAAAGCAAGCUAGAGGAGAAGUGUGACAGAGAGGAGAAGAAGCAUGUGUCCAGGUUGUCCCUAAAUGCUGGCCCAAUAUCCAGAAGGUUGGAGAACUUCAUUGUGGAUAGUGAUGGUGAGGAAACAAAUAACAAAGUUAUUUUCAGGAGCACAGAAAGCUAUUCUGAAGUGCAUAGUCCCACUGAGUACUCACUGCCCACCUCCCCAGUUUUUGGAGGCUUCCCUAAACCCACCUCCCCAGUUUUUGGAGGCUCCCCCAAGCCUACCUCCCCAGUUUUUGGAUGCUCCCCCAAGCCCACCUCCCCAGUUUUUGGAUGCUCCCCCAAGCCCACCUCCCCAGUUUUUGAAUGCUCCCCCAAGCCCACCUCCCCAGUUUUUGGAUGCUCCCCCAAGCCCACCUCCCCAAUUUUUGGAGGCUUCCCCAAGCCCACCACCCCAUUUGAUGGUGAAUGUUCCAGUGCUGCAACCACUGUUACCCUCCCCUAUUUUUGCAACACAUUUGUAACCACUGUACCAAAGCCAUGGAGUCCACCCAAAAGGGAGCAAAAACAUUGCCUUUUUUUUACCGGCAGCUACCCCAGUCUGGACCGGGCUGACAUCCUAGAUAACGACGGAAUGGACAGCCCUGUGGCAAGGAGCCCCACCAAGGAAAAACCCCCACAGAAGAAUUAUUCUGUGGAUCCUAAUGGGGUGGGAGUGGUUCGGGCUGAGCUGGUGGUGGUACAUAAUGAGUCGUCAGAGAGUGAAGAAAAUGAUGAAAAUGCUGCAGGUAAGCUUGCGGUAGAAAGUCUAAUGGAAGGCCAUGAUGAGCCUCCCAGAAACCAUCUCUCAGAAGCGGCGAAGGGGGAAGGCUCAGCACUAGGGCAGGUUGCUCUAGAGGAGGAACGCGCAAGAGGCAUUUGGGAGGAAAAGUUGGAAUUGAGGAAGGAGGCACAGCUUGAAAGUCAUGUGAAGGAUUUUAGGGAGGAAGAUGAAGCUCAGGAGGAGGAGAGUGAGCAGGAGGCGCAGAUUGGGCACAGCCCUGAGGAUGGGAUGCCCCCUGUUGUGUGCGGCAUCGAGAAUGCGGCCUUUGUGGACGACAGGGACACAGACCUGGAGUACGUUGAGGACUAUGACGAGCUGCCAGGCCUGCCGGAUGAGGAGGACCCAAGCCCACAUAGGAAGGUCAAGUUUUCUACUGCACCGAUCCGGGUGUUUAGCACCUACUCAAACACAGAGUACGACAGGCGGAAUGACGAUGUGGAUCCCGUGGCUGCAUCUGCUGAAUAUGAGCUGGAGAAGCGGUUGGAGAAGAUGGACGCAUUCCCAGUGGAGAUCGAGAAGGGGGAGAAUGGCCUGGGGAUCAGCAUCAUCGGAAUGGGAGUAGGGGCAGACCAGGGUUUGGAGAAGCUGGGGAUAUUCAUCAAGACCAUAACAGAAGGGGGAGCCGCGGAGAAGGAUGGACGGAUACAGGUCAAUGACCAGAUCAUCGAGGUGGAUGGGAUCAGCCUGGUGGGAGUAGCACAGAUCUUUGCUGCCACAGUCCUGAAAAACACCAAAGGCAGAGUCAGCUUUCUGAUUGGUCGGGAGAAGCCCGGUACACAGAGUGAGGUGGCCCGACUCAUCAGAGAGACUCUGGAACAGGAGCAGAGCCAGAGGCAGCAGAGCUUUGACGAGGCCCACGAGCUGAUGGAGGAGGAGUACUUCGAGAGGGAGGACAUGGUCCAUGGUUCGAGGUCAUCGGAGGGGCUGGCGAAGACGAAUGAACCCGGAGAUGAGAUGUUUUCUUCCUCAAAAAUGGCCCCUACUCAGCUUGCUUUUACAUACAACGAGCUCCAGCUCAAGUAUAGUGUAGCCACUGCAGAGCUCAGCCAAUUAAAGGAGAAGCUGAGAAAAUCGGAGGGGGAGAGAAUAUCACAGGAGUCUAGACAGGCCCAGUUAGAGCAUGACAUACAGGAGAACAAUGACAGGAUCGGCAAACUAGAAGAGUAUUGGCUGGAGGCUCAGACCCUUGUCACAACGGUCAACGAGCACCUGGUGGAGACCCAGAAGCAGUAUGAGAUCCUGGAGAAGAAGUACAACAAGGCUAAGAAACUGCUGAAGGAGUACCAGCAGAAAGAGACUGAGUUCUUGAAGAAGGAGGAGGAGCUAAAGAAGGCUCUGGAUGAGAAAGAGAAGCAGCACGUGGAGCAUAUGGAGAGACUGAAGGAACGGCUUGCUGUCCUGGAAUCCCAGCCCCCUGAGGGUGGGCAUUGGGGCCACCCAUCCAGCAAGGACACGGCAGAUGGAAGAGAAGAAUCCGAUUGGCCAGACAGGAAUGGCCAGUCCGACCCCAACUGGAGGGAUGUGGUGCCUGAAACUCCGCUUCUGGACAUCAGCGCUCACCGGGCCAAGGGCCAGCUUGCUCAGAAAUCCCGGCGCCAGCCACCAUCACGCAAGCUCAGGGAGGCACUGGGGAACUCCCCCUGCCAAGAACGGGCGAAUGAAAAAGAAGAAGCUUGCGAGACAGAGGUUCCCCAACAGGGGGACCAGGCAAGCUCACCUUCACUGGUGCCAGUGCUCAGUGCAGCUGACCAGCAGGAAGGUCCCGCCCCGGGGAGCGAAUCCGGCAUAAAAGCCCAGCCGUCCAGCAUGUCCUCCAACAUCGUCCAGCCUGCCCAGAGGAGGGGGAGCACAGAGAGCAGUGAGAGCCCCAGCACAGCGUCUCCUACGGAGGCUUCAUCUCCCAGCAAAUCUCUGGAGCUCCAAUCUAGUGGCACAAAGAGUGAUUCCAAGGGCAAAGUCAAGGAGAUCAAAGACGACACCAGUGACACCUCAUCCACCGCCAAACCGAAGAGUUGGUUCCCUGAUUUCGGUGGCUUUCGCAAGUCUGGUGGCAAAGGGAAGAAGCGUGGGAAGGACACACCGAGAGGAUCGCUGGACAGCAGGGGGUCAGGUGACCUGCUGGAGAGCCCCGGGGACCUGUCGCCCUCAGACACUCUUUCGUCCACUCCCAACUGCAUGCCCUUCUUCCGGUUCGGGGACAGGGACAGGCAGGCAUCCACCAGCCCCAGCCUGCCUAGAGCUGUCACAGAGCUCAGCACUGAACAGAACCAGGACCUAAAAAGCAAGACAAACCUGUCCUGGUCUUCCUUAUUCAGUCGUUCCUUAGAUCUGAGUUUUUCAGUCAUAGAUGAUUCAAACCCUGGAAGUCCUGAUUUGGGCUUGGCAGGGCUGGUGGGAGAGCCCUGUCUGUCUGGGCGCUCACACACUCUGACCUUCUCUUCCAACGAGACUUUAGAUGAUGAGCCAGCACUCCCAGGGAAGGAGUACCAGUGGCAGAACCGGCCUGUCACAGAGUGGACUACAACGCAGGUCUGCCAUUGGCUGAUGGGCAUGAACAUGGACCAGUACAUCGAAGAGUUCACAGCCAAGGGCGUGAAUGGGCAGCAGCUUCUGCACUUGGACAGUGACAGACUGAAGACCUUGGGAGUUCUGAGCCAGAGUGACCGUGCCACCAUCAAGAAGAAGCUCAAGGACAUGAGGAAAGCUCAGGAGAAGCUGGAGAAACUGCGCGAAAAGAGGGAGAAGGAAGCGCUAUGGAGCGGGAAGCUGCCCGUCAGCACAGACUCCUCCUGCUGAGGCUCCCACAGCGCCCUCGCUGCUCCAGCUUCCCGCUCCAGUGCGAGCUGGACCGCCACGAUGGGCGGCAUCCGGCAACUUUGAGGUUUCUGACAAAUACAAGUUCUACUUCAACAAAUUAGGAGAAUCCUCACUGUAUGCAUGACCUGUUUUUCAUUUCUCAGUCGUAGCAGUUAAUAAUAAGGAAUGUUCCAGAUAUGUCCAUUUUGAGCAAGCAGUGAUUUUUACGCUGCAGUCAGAUAUGGCCAGUGAUGGUAUGGCUGCCAUCUCGAGUGACCAUGUUAGACACAGUGCUCCUCUAGGGCGUGCAUCCCUACCAGUGUUCUGACUGGUGAGCUCCAGUCACUGCCUGACCCUCUUCUGUUCAGUCUAUUCUCCAGUGCAGUGUGGGGCUUAGGCCACACUGCACUGGAGAAUAGACAACACAUGCUCCAAAUCAGGUGGCUGACCUGGACUUAAAGUGCACUAGUAAUAAAAUGAAAGAAUUCCGGCUUUUAAAAUACCGAGCCUCAUCUUCAAAUAAAAUAUCAACACGGGUCAAAAAGCUCUCAGUACUGCUCAGCAAAUGAAUCUCUUUUAAAUAUUUUAUGUACUACUGUAGUUCUUUUAUCCCUGAAAGAGAUUACCAGAGAAUGGAGCCUUCCACUAUAGACUGAAUCCUGAUUUUCAAAUGUUUUAUAUUGUAUUUUUUAGAAGUAACAUACUUAUGUACAGAUCUUUUCUUACAUGAGUUUUGUAAAGGUUAUGAGAAAGAAUUGUCUUUAAAAUGCAAAAUGGCUUUAAAUGUACAAAAUGUUAUAUAUGCAUAGUUAGCUACAUAAUGUUAACUUUGACUAGAGUAGAGUUCAGUAGAUCUUAUUUUCUACUACGUAGAAGUCAGAACAGGAUCACUUUUGCAUUUAAAAAAAAAAGAUUUUCUGCACCCCAGCAAAGUCGGCGUUCCCCUGAGACGACGUUCACGAACGCUGUACUCAGCCAGAUUCCAUCGCAUGCAAGCCCCUGUUGAACAGGGGAAGGCGCGUCAGCUUUCUCCACAUUCCUUUUUUGUUUAGAAGUGUAUAUAACCACAGACAUCAUGUGUAUACAUGGAAUUAAUAAUUGUACAUGUAUGACUUAUAUGCACCUUAAUAUAUAAUUUGCUAGAUGGACAUAAAAUUAUGCUCCCCGAUAAGUAGGCCAAUUCUUUUCCCUGAUAAUGUACAGGUUUACACUAAUAAACUAAUUUUCUCAUC